GCGUGGACUGCCCAGCCGCACGGAAGUGGUUUGGUGUGGUUUCGUUACGUUACACACAAUAGCAUGGGAGGAAUGAGGGCUAUUAUGUAUUUUGCGCAUCCAGUUAGCUCUCACAAUCUAUAGUUUUAUUUCAUUGUCUAUAAUUUAUUUAAUUUGUUCAUAGAUAGCGCCUAAGCCAAGCGUGGGAUAGCCAGCUAGCUUCUUAGCUAGCCUUGCUAACGUUAGCAGCCAUGCCCUCCUAUGCAGAGUUGAGGAAAACCAACCACUUCUACUAUUUCAUCAAAUUCACCUUAAAUAUCUACUCAAUGCUCUUCUCGCUGAUGGGCCUGUGUGUGCUCUGUGUGGGGGUGUACGCGGAGGUGGAGAGGCAGAAGAACCGAACCCUGGAGGGUGUUUUCCUUGCUCCUGCCGUGGUGCUCAUCCUGCUGGGCCUGGUGAUGUUCACCGUGUCGGUGGUGGGCAUGGUGGGAUCCCUCAGGGACAACAAGACCCUGCUGCACAUGUUCCUGUGUGUUCUCUGUGUGUUGCUGCUUCUGCAGGCAGUUGCUCUCAUUACUGCUCUCCUCUUUGAAAAGAAGACAUCUGCCUUGUUUCAGAAUAGUAUACGAGAGGGAAUCAAGCACUACUACGAUGAUCUGGACUUCAAAAACAUCUUGGACUAUGUGCAACAAAAGUUUUCGUGUUGUGGAGGGGAUGAGUAUAAGGACUGGGGAGUCAACCAGUACCAUUUCUGUAAUGGUACUGGUCCAUUGGCCUGUGGGGUUCCAUACACCUGUUGUGUUCGCCGCAAGGUGGGAGAGGUAGUCAACACCCUUUGUGGUUACAAGACCCUGGAUCAACAGCGUGAAACCCUGCAUGAGCUGAUCCAUGUGAGAGGCUGUAUCCACGCCGUCAACCUCUGGAUGAGUGACAACAUUGGAACAACCGUGGCACUCUGCUGUGCCAUUGGACUACCACAGCUGCUGGGCAUCAUUUUGAGCUGUAUCUUCUGGAACCUUCUGGUCGACAUGAGCGAGUCCACCGACAUGGUGGACUUCAAGACACUGAAGAGAGCAGGCUUCGAGUACAGCGAGCUGGACCUGAGCGGCGCUGGCUGGUGCAUGUGCCUGCCGAGGGACGGAGGCUACCUGCCCGUUCCCGCCUCCGAGCCCGAACUCGACCCCAUCGACAUUCACUUGGAGAAGCUCAAGAAGCAGCCGCCCCGCACGCACUCACAACUCCGAGAACUGCAGGAGUCCCGAUCAGCCACGGGGCUGGACGAGGUCGACAUCGGUCGCAAGCAGAAAAGGGAACACUGAAUGAUCUUUUAGCCUUUUUUGCCACGUUUUGUUUUGUCGUCGUAAUAAUUGCAUUCGUUGGAGUCAUGUUGCACUACUUAAUCAUCCGAUCAAGAGAAUUUUGGUCAACUAAAGGGAGUAUAUAUAAUUUGGCACUUUGAGGCAUUUGGGGUAAUCGUUUACCUUGUUUACAACAGAAAUCGGAGGAGCAAGAUUGCAACAGUGACUGUUUUAAAAAUAUUUUUUUGUCUCUUGUUUGUGAUGGUUAAAUUUAACUAUUUCUGGCAUUAUAUAUCACAUUCUAUUUAAUUUUUUAGCCUUUGAAUUUGAGCUGUGUCUCAUGUGCUAAAGCUUACCUCAGGCUAUUUUGAAAAUGGCCCAGUAGUCAGAGCACAGUAAUAUUUGGUGUAUAAAUUUAUGGUAGCUUGAGAUGAGGUUUUCCAUGUCUGAGAAAUAGGAAUAGCCAAAUAUGUCUUGCGUGUAGCGUCUGUGACGGAUGUAUAUGUAUAUUAUUUCUUUUUAUUAUGAUCUGAAUUUGAUUUUGUGCAAUCAGUGUACAUUGUAAGACUGACAGUUGUGGAAUAACAUGGAAUGCAUGUUUUGUACUGUAUAUGAAGUAUGUAAAAAAACAAAAAGUGAAGUUUCCAGGUGUUAGGUUUCUCAUCAGGGGGGUUUCAGUCUGUUCCAUUUUUGAACUAAACUUUUUAUUCUUUCCAGCUUUUCAAGUAACAACUAACAGGACUAUCCCUGACUACCAAUCAAGUAAAAAAGCUACAAAAUGAUCGUUUUUUGUAUGAUUUAUGCACUGUUUUGAGCUUCCCCCUAGCUCCUGCCUUGUAUCAGCACUACUGUUCUUGUCAAUAAAGCUGAAUUUGUCUACUGA